CUAGAGGCAGCAGUGCUGAGAAGACAGGGUGGGAGCUGAGCCCCCAGGUCCCACCCCCAGCUCCCAGGGCCCAUGCCUGUGGAGAAAGACUGGAUACCCUGAUAGGCCGGGAAGGGUUCUGCAGCUGCCCUCCUGCUGAGGCUGGCCUGCGACAGCAGCGGUUCAGCCCCAGCGCCCCCCGCGCCCGCAACCACUCGGCCAUGGGUACCACAGGCUCCUGGGCGCUGGCCGGCCUCUGCCUCCCAGCGCAGCCCCGGCCCGCCUGGCUCAGGGUGGCUGCGCUGGGACUGGCCGCGGUGGCUCUGGGGACGGUCUGCGCGGCCCGGGCGUUGCCCGCGGCUGCAGCAGGUGGGCACGUGUCGCAGCUCUGGAUCUACCUGGUCAAGUCCUGCAAGGGGGUGCCGGUGAGCGAGGCCCAGUGCUCGGCCAUGGUUCUGCGCAGCAGCCACCUGCCGGACAGGUUUUGGCUUGUGAUCAGCGGGAAGGGGAACAUGGUCAUUGCUCGCCAGGAACCUCACCUUGUCCUGAUUUCUCUUCCCUGUGAGGCCGACACCUGGAUCCUCAGUGCAGCUCAUAUGAAGGACCUGCUGCUGCCCAUUGAGACACCCACCACAAAUGCAGUGGUCAAGGGCAGCUCACUCUCUUACUUCUUCUUCUUCCCUGCUGGUCACCUUGAAUCUUGCCCCUUGCCCCACUUAGAAACCCCGGCCUUCUUUAAAAGCCCAGAUAAAAAGCCGUCUCCCCUGAAAAGAUUCGUGGAACGAGCUUCUUAUUCACAACUUGGAACUAAAAAGGAUGAUAGCUUGUUCCAGACUUUGACGGGAAUGAUGGUCUCCGGAGCUGGGCAACGUGGCGGUGCUGUGUGGGGUGGAUGCUUGCCUCAGUCAAGAAGAAACCACAUGCUCUUUGAGCUUUUGCUUCUGUUUGGCUGGGACUCAUCAUGGACUCUCUUCUACCGCAGUUAUCCCCUGUGGGAUCCUUCUGAACAAAAAUUAUACGGAAAAUCACCUCUUGGGCAGUAUUUUGUUCUAGAAAACCCAGGGACAAAGUGGGAGACUUUGUAAUGGGAAUCAUCAGAUGUCUUUUAAAAACGUCCUCAAAAGUGCCAACACUUGAAGUGCGGUGUUUUGGAACUUCAGCAUUUUCUUUAGGUCUGUGAUUUCCAAGUUUUUUGCACAUCUUUGUAUCUCAAUGCUACCAGUGUCCUGGUGCUCAAAGCCAAGAAAUAUCGUCUUGAUAACUUAGUAGGAUCUCAGGAAGCCACUUAAAUGAUAAGAUUCUGAAAACUCCCUGCUUAACUCUUGAUUGUGGAAUAAUACUUUCUCCUUCUUCAUUCACCUACUAGAGUGCUAACCUCCAUCAUCUCAUUACCACUUCUUAGGGAAAGAGAAAAGAAAGGGGAAUAGUGGGUGAGUGAGAGGAAAGUCCUGGAAGGUUUUAUUAUCUCAUGCACAGGGCAUGCAAUGGAAAUUAAAUAGGUCCCCAAAUAAGGCUGGAAUGUCACUUCAUUUUUCUCCUUCAGCCCAGGCUAGCUUUUGAAAAGUCAUGUAGAGCUUGACCUUCAGGAAACACUUAAGAACCAUACGUCAUCUAAGAUCUGUCACUAUUGCUCCGUAGACAGUGUCCAAGAGGAUUGGAAGAAUCCUUCUUAGCACACAGCGCCUCUGGGCUGUGGGACAGCAGAAAUGUAAGGUGGGAAAACCACUCCUGAGAGCAGUGUUGCUUUCAGACUCUGACAUGGAACGUGUGAAAAGCAAGAUCAACAAAAACCUUCCUUGCCAUGAAACAAAGUAUCAUAUAUAUCCCAUUUAUGAUCCCGAACUUCUCCCAAUAUAUGAGUGAACAGUAGCACUAGAGAGGGCAACACCCCUAGUUUGAUGUCUGAGAUGAUGUUGGAUGUUACCAGGGAAAAGAUGAUGCCCCUUUUCACGUAAGAGCAAAAAGGCACCUUUUUGAAAGGAGGUGGUGCCAUCUAGUGG